AUGAAGGAGAUUGAUAAUGCUCAAGACAAAGACCAAUUUGUGAUCGAUCUUUCGUUAAAAUACAGUCAAUAUCAGUUUAAACCACAUCUUUAUGCAGAUUAUCCUAGGUUGUUGAUCAAAAUCGCAAAGUUGGAAUUCUAUUACAAAUUGAUAGGAGAUCAAGCAAAAGAAAGAAAAGUUUUAACACCCGUACGUAACAAACAGACAAAAUAUCAAGCUAGACGACGAUUACCAAGAUG